CAAAUUUUGGAUUUUGGUUAAGGCACUUAUUUCAAACUCUUUCAAAUUUUUUUGAAUAUAAACCCAACCACCCCCACUGGCGUUAACUUCUGAUCAGCUACUACUACUUGGAAGUUUACAGCUUUUGUUUGGCGUUCUAAUGGUGGAUGAGGAGGCCUGCGAAGCUGGUUGCGCGACGCCGAGACGAGGCGAGUGUCUGAUACCGGUGGCAUUGGUGCCGCCGCCGCCUCCAAAGAAGAAGCCGUUUGCUUUCGGGGAGAGGAAGAGGGACCCGCCCCGGAAUGGGUACUUUCAGUCGCCUGAUCUUGAGCUUCUUUUUGCACUGGCUCCGAGACGGCAAGCCUGUGCUUAGUAGCGUGGCAUUUCUCUGCUUUUUUUUCUUUUUUUUUUGGUUUUUAAUUUUUUUGUUUGAAAGAGUGAA